AGAGGGUGUAUAGUGAGGGCCUCCUGGAGGGAGGACAUGCAUGUGAGGGGGUGCUCUCCUCCCGGCUCCACUGCUGCAGAGGAGCCCACAGUGGAAAGAAGAGAAGCACAUUUGGGGAAAAGAGAAAAAUGACAUCCUGGAAGAUAGGCUUGUGCACUGAAAGGGCAGCAGGAAAUUUGGCGCCGGUGAGAGAUUUGUAGCCCUGAAUUAAAGUCCCACCUGUUGGUGAGCUGGUGUAUUAACCAGCCACCUUCAGUGGCUCUCCUCCGUGUUCCCUUUGGGACUGGCAGGGUGAGCCGACAUCACUUUGGAGUCCGUGGGGCUUCCUGCAGCCGGAGGAGGCCCCCAAAAGCCCUGGUCCCGGAUCUCCCCGCAGACCCUCGGGGACAACCCGGAACAAAGCAAACUCUAUGCUCGGCCCUGCACAGGCGUAGAUGCGGAAUGUGCGUGGCAGGAUCCGGGUGCGGAUGCUGCGCAGAGAAAGAGCGGUGGCAUAAUGCGUGCAGGGGUGGGUCCCGGAGCUUCUGCUCCGAGCCACACGGAUCUCCAUGCGCGCAGGGAUGCCCAAACGGACGCGCCUCGGCUGGCGGCUGCCUGGGAAUGCCCAGCACCGCGCCGCUGUGCGGGGCGGGGCCUCCGGAGGGCGGGGCUCUGCGGUGGGACCUGACACUCGGCAGGGCGGGGCCUGGCGGGGCCGCGGAGGGCGCCCCGCCCGCCUGGGAGCUCCACUCGGGCUCCGGCCCGCAGAGGCGGCUCCGGAGGGGCGGGCCGGCUCCACCCCCGGGCCCGCUGCCGGCCCGUCGCGCGCCCGCGCCUCCCAAUUCCCGGAGCCGGGUGGGGGCUCGAGGCGGCGGCGGCGGCGGCGGUGGUGGCUCCGCUGGGCUCUGGGUUGGGCGGCCGGGCGCGGGGCCAGGGCGGGCGGCAGCAGGGCGGUGGAUCGCGCCGAGGGCGGCGGCCUGGCCCGCCGAGCCAUGGCGGCCCCGGAGCCGGCGCCCAGGCGGGGCCGGGAGCGGGAGCGGGAGGACGAGAGCGAGGACGAGAGCGACAUCCUGGAGGAGAGCCCGUGCGGCCGCUGGCAGAAGCGGCGCGAGCAGGUGAACCAGGGGAAUAUGCCUGGGAUCCAGAGCACAUUCCUGGCCAUGGACACGGAGGAGGGGGUAGAAGUGGUGUGGAACGAACUCCACUUUGGCGACAGGAAGGCUUUCGCAGCCCAUGAGGAAAAGAUCCAGGCCAUGUUCGAGCAGCUGGCGUUGGUGGACCACCCCAACAUCGUCAAGCUGCACAAGUACUGGCUGGACGCCUCUGAGGCCCGUGCAAGGGUCAUCUUCAUCACAGAGUACGUGUCGUCAGGCAGCCUCAAGCAAUUCCUCAAAAAGACCAAGAAGAACCACAAGGCCAUGAAUGCCCGGGCCUGGAAGCGAUGGUGCACGCAGAUCCUGUCCGCGCUCAGUUUUCUGCACGCCUGCAGCCCCCCCAUCAUCCAUGGGAACCUGACCAGCGACACCAUCUUCAUUCAGCACAACGGCCUCAUCAAGAUCGGCUCUGUGUGGUACCGCAUCUUCUCCAAUGCGCUCCCAGAUGAUCUAAGGAGCCCCAUCCGUGCUGAGCGGGAGGAACUGAGGAACUUGCACUUCUUCCCACCAGAAUAUGGUGAGGUCGCAGAUGGGACCGCUGUGGACAUAUUCUCCUUUGGGAUGUGUGCACUGGAGAUGGCUGUGCUGGAGAUCCAAGCUAAUGGGGAUACCCGAGUCACAGAGGAAGCCAUUGCUCGAGCCAGGCACUCACUGAGUGACCCCAACAUGCGAGAGUUCAUCCUCUCCUGCCUGGCCCGGGACCCUGCCCAGCGGCCCUCUGCCCACAACCUGCUCUUCCACCGCGUGCUCUUCGAGGUGCACUCGCUGAAACUACUGGCAGCUCACUGCUUCAUCCAGCACCAGUACCUCAUGCCUGAGAAUGUGGUGGAGGAGAAGACCAAAGCCAUGGACCUGCAUGCAGUCUUGGCAGAGGUCCCCCGGCCCCAGCGGCCCCCAAUGCAAUGGCGGUACUCGGAGGUCUCCUUCUUAGAGCUGGACAAAUUCCUGGAAGAUGUCAGGAACGGGAUCUAUCCACUGAUGAAUUUUGCUGCUGCUCGGCCCCUGGGGCUGCCCCGUGUGUUGGCCCCACCCCCCGAGGAGGCCCAGAAGGCCAAGACCCCAACUCCAGAGCCCUUUGACUCCGAGACCAGGAAGGUGGUCCAGAUGCAAUGCAACCUGGAGAGAAGUGAGGACAAGGCCCGCUGGCAUGCAAUUGGGGACCCCAGGCUGCAGGCCCGAAGGUGGUUGGUGGGCGGUGCCGCAGCCUCAUGCGUCCCCACGUGCCCUUGCUGCAGCGGACAGCGCCCAGGAUCUUGCGACUGAGUUGGUGCAUUACGGCUUCCUGCGCGAGGACGACCGUUUGAAGCUGGCCGCCUUCCUCGAGACCACCUUCCUCAAGUAUCGUGGGGCCCAGGCCUGACCCUUCCGCCCUGGAGACCCUGCCCUGGCUCUGCUGGUUCAGGGCCAUCCACGUGGGGAAAAGCCAAGCACCUCCUGAAACUGCCCUCUGCCUGUGAGCCUGCGAGCUGAUGAACACCUGCCCUGCUAGUGAGGACCCUGGCCUCCUGCAGCAGCAUGGGACCCUGAGGUGGCUCAGGGGCUGAGGCAGCCAGGGUGGGAGUAGAGGGUGGGAUCAGCCCUGGACAGACCUCCACCAGGGAAAGCACUCCAUCCCUUCAGGUGGAGCACCCAUCCCAAGUUGGCACCACAGACCCAGGCAAGGUGCCUGGGCCUCUAUUGUGAUGGAGCCCUGCUGGGGUCAUACCCAACGCUGGGUAGGACCAGACCUGGCUGGAAAGAGGACAGUGACCCUGGGGUUGAGACCAUGGUAGCAGAAGCCCUGGUGCCAUCAGGACAGCCCUGCAGCCCCCUCUCUUACCUUGCUCCGAGACAGGAUCUGGUGCUCUGGCACCACCACCACUUCCCCAGCCCCUCUGAUCGGCUGUUUCUCUCCUUUAUCCCCUCGGCUGGAGAGGUCAGAGGUCAGGUAUCCUCCCAAACCUCCUCCCUGGGGCAGCUGUAUCCUGGGACCUAGGGAUGUGGGCUUCUGGUUCCCUGUCUCUCUCCCACCCAACUCCUGGCUGAAUUUUAGAGGUUUCAUUACCUCCAUAGAUUCUGCCUCCACCCCCCGUGCCCUUUCUUGGACUGCCUCUCCUCCAAUUUCAAAUUCAGCUAAAUAGACUUAAACAUUUUAAAUUGUAUGUAUAAAUUUAACGCAUUCAGGUUUCUGUUUAAGCAUUUCAAAUGUCAAACCAGGAAGGCUCACUAACUGUGUUGGUUCUAUUUUGCUGCUGUAACAUUUAUCACAAACUUAGUGGCUCAAAACAACACAAAUUUAUUAUAAUUCUUUAGGUCAGAAGUCUGAUACAAGUCUCACUAGACCAGGGUGUUGGCAGGUUGUGUGUUCCUUUCUGAAGAUCCUAGGGAGAACCUGCUUCUUGCUCAUUCAGGUGUUGGCAGAGUUCACUUCCAUGCAGUGGUGGGUCCUGUUUUCCUGCUGGCAAUCACCUGGGGGCCAUUCUCCAUUCCUGGGGGCCACCCACAUUCCUUGACUCUCAUUCCUCCACCUCUAAGGCCAGUAGCAGUAGGUCAAAUCUUGGUGUGAGCCAGAGCUAUCUGGUUGUCUGCAUCCAGGAAGGUUCCCCAUAAGGACUCCAGGGAUUGGGUGGGCUCCCCCAGAUAAUCCAGGAAAAUUGCCCCUCUCAAGGUCUCUAAGGUUAAUCACAUCUGCAAGCACACCUGUUGCCACAGCAACUAGCAUUCACAGCUCCACUGGUUAGUGAAUGGAUAUCUUUGGCGGGGGGCAUUCUGCCUCCCAUACCACCUUAACCAAAAGCCCAAAACCAAACCAGAUUUGCCAAGGCACAUCAAAUAAAUUAAAUGAACAACUACAGUGAAUCUCAAGUUACUUUAACCAAUACCCUUUACAAAUAUUUUCAGAUUUUCAUACCUUUCACCUUAAAAUUGAAGACUUCAAAUAACUUACACAUUCUAGGAGAGAAUCCUGUUGCUAAACUGUGCUUGGCCCUCAACAAUUUGAGUAGCAGAUACACAAUGUUGUACCCGUGAUUGACCUGAACUUAGAAACACCAAUACUACCAUUGCUGUACUUGAUAAUGCCUAUGUUGUUUUUCAUUUUAAG